AUGAUUUUUACAGAAUUGCCUGAAAGUAUCAUCGACAGAAUCCUCUUCUUCGCUUUCCUUGAAGGCGGCUUGGAAGCCGUGGUCAACCUUUCACUUACUUGUUCCACUCUACGCAAACAAGGAAACGCUUUUCUCUAUUCAGCCAUUCCACUUGUGGUUCGUGACAAGCCACUGUCUCAGUCUAAAUCUUAUGAAAUGUUGGAUAAUAUCGAGCCCUUGUGCCGCUUGCUUUCACGCGAUCUUCGUCUUUAUGACUAUAAGAACCAACCACUUUCGUUUGAUGGUUUCCAGUGUUUGAGCACAUUGACCGUGGAAGCUAGGGAUCUUUCUUUCCUCGUUAAACUAGCUCCUUUGGAGAGACUUCGUUCUUUUACGAUCGUUUAUGACCAUAAGAAAUUCGAUAGGAAGCAUGUGGCGAAGAUGAGACAAGAAAUGGAGGGUAUGGGUGAAGAGUUGGCGAUUCCAGCCUUGGAAGUGUUUAGAGUUUCGUCUGCAAAACCAAAAGUCGAUACGCCAUUUAGGAACUUGAUUUCGCCUAACUGGAAAAACCCUCGAGGCGUCGAGGACUACGAUAAACAGUUCUCUUCGUCUACAUGGUCCAAGUACGCCCUGGCCUUCCAAGGGAAGCACAAGAACCUCGGCGCCAUAUUCUUCAUGAUCUUGGAAAAUACCAAAAAGAGUAUAAGAGUUGCAGAGAUCCUUGGAAUUGACUUUUCGUUCAUUAUGUCCAGAGAACGUACGCUUAAGUUCUCUCGAGACUGUAACCUUAUUCUUAACAAUCCUUCAAUCAUACAUGCUUAUUCGUGGAUGGAACGAGUAAAAUCCAAGAAGAGAUUGACGAUUUUGAUUGAAAACAGAAUUACCAGUACUGUUCUGGUUGUGGUGAAGAAAAAGAAUAAGGAGCCUGUUACCCUGGUGAAGGAUCUGGGUCUUUUGGUUGAAAUGAGGAACAGAAUGAACGCCUGGGUGUAG